AAGUGGUCAAAGGAUCAAAAGUCAAAACUAAUACCGCCAUUUCUUAUUUGCCUCUCUCUCUCUCUCUCCUCUUCCACCUAAUGACGUUCGUCUCAUCAUCCCAUUUCGAUUGUCGACACAAAUCCAUCCCCAUUGUUACGCGAAAUUGAUGUUUUUGUUCAGAUGAAUUCGGGGUUUCCGGCUUUCGUUUUCGUAUUCUCGAUCUUUCUUAGCUGUUUUCCUGGGUAUUUAUCAGCUGCAGUAGUCACUCUUCAGUCAAUUCAAAUAUACCGAACUCAUGACUGGUUACAUAGACCGACAAUAUAUUUCCACUGCAAGGGAGAGAAUAAGACUGUUCUGCCGGAUGUGAAGAAGGUCAACACUUCAUAUACUUUUAAAGGGGAAGAAUCCUGGCAGCCUUUGACAGAAUUUUCAAGUACGAAGUGCAAGAGAUGUGGAAUCUAUGAGGACGGCUUUUUUACUGAUGAUAAAUUUGAUGAAUGGGAGUUUUGUCCUUCGGACUUUACAGCUGGUGAGGGAAGAUAUACUCUUGUAAAAGGAGGAGAGUUCAAUGCGACUUUCAUUUGUUCAACAUGUGUAGAUAUCGGUGCAGAUAAUGCUGUUCCUCGUUCAGAUACUAAAGGAAACCGAAUAAGUGUUGCUAUAGUUGUACUUAUCAGUGCUGCAGUUACUACAGUAGUUAUAGUAGUCUUCAUCGGAGGUUACAAGUAUUGGCAAAAGAAGAAGAGGCGUCAUGAGCAAGCACGUUUUAUGAAGCUGUUUGAGGAGCAUGAUGAUAUUGAAGAUGAAUUAGGUCUUAGAGAUGUUAUAUGACAGACAUCACUGUUCCGCGCCUGAACUUACUUGUAUAGCAUACAACUUUUAUGAUUGUCAUUUCUACCACAGAAAUACAUGCUUGCAUGUUUCGGAUGUGCUCCUCUUUUUCAAAAACCAUACAACCACACUGAGAUUUACCUCCUAGUUUAUCCUGUGGCAUUUCAAUAUUUGUUUUAGGGUUUAUGAAGAUCACAAGCUGUCAAUGAAAUCUCAGGGAAUUGCUCA